CAAAUGAGUAAAAAUCUCCAGUCUCAGCUGUGAGUCUGAAAAGAUGCAGCGAAGACAGAGUUCUAAGACCCCAAAGCAGCCUCUGAAAGUUCACCAUAAAAAUCAAACUGAUCUCUCUGCGUGGCGAAAAAGAGGGACAACUGACCCUGAAAAAAGUCUCCAGAAUCAUCAAUCUCCUAACUAUCAGAAAGAUGACAACAAUCAAUACUCCCUUGAGCAAGCUUUGAGCUACUUUGAGAAAGUUCAAGACUGUGUUUCACUGAAAAAGAACAGUGUUCUGCAGAAACACUUGACUACUGUGGAAAGCAUUGGCCUGCAAAGAGGGUUACCCCCUGAAGGAUUUAAUGUAUUGCUAAACGUGGCACUCAGUGGCAAACUUGCUGAUAAAGUGAAUACUCGUUUACUGAAGAGCCUGGUUCCAGCCUCAGUAAUACCAGAAACUUCUGUGGUUUCAUCUGUAUCUUGGCUCUGUGUCAGCAAAUGCUCAAGCAACGUCCAGGUGCUUUUUUUAAGAUGGCUGAUCACAGUGUUUGACUUCAUUGAUCACAAGGAAAAACUUCAUGCCCUCUAUGGUUUCUUCUUUUCCUUCCUGCAAGAUGAGAAGAUGUGCCCCUAUGCCUGCCAUCUGCUCUACUUGCUGACCAGGAAAGAAAGUGUAAAGCCUUUUCGGAUUAGGAGACUGCUUGACCUCCAAGCAAAAAUGGGAAUGCAGUCUCAUCUGCAGGCUCUACUAUCGCUUUACAAACUCUUCCGUCCUGACCUGGUGACCAUAAACCUUCCUGGGAAAAUGAAGACUUUCUUCAAGAAUUCAGAGGGCCCAUGGAAAGCAGCAAUCAACACAGUAAGGCAAAGAAACCAGGAGAACUUUCCAGUGUCCUGCCCCCUGUUUUUGGGCACAGCUCAACCUCAGUCACGAAAAAGGAAAUGGAAUGCCCAGUUAAUUAUACCUGCAAGCAGUACAAACAAAAAUAUUUUUGAAAAGGAUAGGGAAAAGAACUGUGUUAAUUUGUACAGUACGAAUGAGUCUUUUCCAGUGGAGCAGCUGCAGACUUUUUCUCGGCUUCUACAAAAUAUCCACCGUCUAGAGUUUCCUUCCCAGAUGGGUUCAGUACUAACAAACCCUUUAUUGCUUCACUACAUGAAUUGCAUCAAAGAUGAAUCUAUUUACCUGAGGCUUUACUAUUGGAUGGGACAGACUCUUCAGGAAGAAUGCACCUGGUGUGUGGCUGAUAAUAGCCAAUAUGAAGAAGAAUUCAAGGACUUCCUGGAAACCAUCUACAAGACAGAAUGUUUUUUGCAGGAGGGAUUUUCUUCCUGUGAAGAGUUCCUGUAUAAGAGCCUUCCUCUCUGGGAUGGCUUCUGCUGCCAAUCACAAAUCCUCAGACUUGUGAGUUGGAUCCCCCUCAGCAGCUUCUCUGAAAUGAACUCGCAACUCUAUGAUCCCCUGGCACAGCUCUUUUUCACAUCAUCCCUUUACUUUAAGUGCAGUGUUCUUGAGAGCCUGAAAGAGCUGUUGCAGAACUGGUUAAAUUGGCACCUGAUUCAUCUGGAUUCAGAGUCUGACUCUCAAGUCCAUUCUUUGAAUACCACCCUUUCUGGAUUAGUGAACACGGUGGCUGAACUGAUCCAUUUUGUUGGAAGGAUCUCUACUGUUGCAUUGCAUUUGGAAAACAAUAAUACUUUCUUGCUGUACUUCAUCCUGGAUUUCUAUGAGACUGUGUGCGACAUGUAUCUGAGAUACAAUCUGCCUUUGUUGAUAAUGCCUCCUGCUGGAGUUUUCUAUCCAGCACUUCUCAGCAUGGAUCCUGUCAGCUUGAAUCAGCUCUGCUACAUUAUGUACAGGUAUCGAACCAACUUGGUGGCUGCAAAAGAAAAUGAGCUGAGUAAAAAGAAAAUUUUGCAAUUCAAGUUCAGUAACAAGACAUACCAAGAGUACAACCAGUAUGUAAUAGCUAUGGUGGGUUGUCUGUGGACGUCCAGUGUAUUCCAGAAGGAUAUUCACCCUCAAGGUCUUCGUAUGGAUGAUGAACUGCUGAAGAAAACCACAGUGCAGGAAUACAAAUCCAGUUUUAACAUUGUGUACCAUCCAGCCAUGAUGGGCUAUGCUGCCCUCUUCCUGCAGCAGGCUUGGCCAGAUGAUACUACUUUCAACUUCAGUUUAAUUAAGUGGAACUGGUAUCUGGAAUAUCUCUAUGCGCAAGGUUUAAAGGGCCUGAAAGUCUUUAUUGAAAGCAGCAUCAAUCGUGUUUCCGAGGCUUCGCACAGUAAUGCAGGGAAUGUGCAAGAGUGA